CAUUACCUGAGCAACAGAGAAGAUAAAAAAUGAGAGGAAGCGAGGGCAUAAAGAGACAAUGCUGCUGUCAGUGAAAUAAAUCAGUACAGACAGCUCUGUAAUCGGCUGCAUUAAGUAUCCUGAAAAUAAUUUCUUUAGUAGCUCUCUUAUGCUUUCUUUGGAAAAUAAUGGCUUACACAAAUUCAGCAUUCUGUCAUCUCUCUUGGUUGGUUUACUACUAAAGUCAUAAAACCUCUUAGAAAAAAGAAGAAAUUGUCUCACUAUCUAAACUGAAGAGUGUGGAUUAUCACAAUUUCUGCAAUUAAAGGGCACAUUUGAGCCCCUUUAUCACGUUUUCUUGAACCCCGGUCCAUCACAGAGAGCUUUAUCAUGUUUUAUCUAACACAGGAGCAUAAAACAGCACUUUUGCUGAGUUUGCUCGAACAUGGGAGCACAUCAGAUAUUGACGUAACGUUAAGUAAGGAAAAACGUCGUAAAAUAGCAACAAACAUCAACACGUAACAAACAAAACGAAAACAUUUAACUUAGGACUCAGACUGAAAAAUAAAGUGGGAGUUAGUUGAGAAUCAUCCGUUAACGUGUCUAACGUUACGUUUCCAUGGUGACCGGAUUCUUCAGCCCAAGUGGCAGCCCUGUCUAUGAGCACCAUGUUAAUGUAUAACUGAGUGACUAACGUUAUCUACAAAGACAAACGAUGGCACACAGGCUUCCAGGACAAAAUGCAGUUUUUCCUCUGUGGUGUCAGCCCACCUCCCCGCCACAGUGCCACCUGCAGGCGGACGACUGCAACAGAGAGGAAGUGGAAACCGGCACCGGACAGAGAUGUCCGCCUGUCUAAAUCCAUGUCUUAUGCACUUCGCCAUGGCGCCAACCAGAUGGGUCUUGACAUGGGUACAGAUGGUUUCCUGUUUGUGGAGGAACUUCUGGCUCACCCGCAGUUCCACUCAUAUUCACUGGAAGACGUGAAGAGAGUCGUGGCCACAAAUGACAAGCAGCGCUUUAAGCUUUGCACCCACCUGGAGGAUGGCCGCCUGCAAAUUCGAGCCAGUCAGGGCCACUCAGUACAGGUAACGGAUUUGGGGCUGAAACCGGUCCUGUCUGGUUCUCCAGACUGCCCUGCUGAGGCCAUUCAUGGCUCCUACCUCCGCAACUGGAGCUCCAUCCAGCAGCAGGGCUUGAACCGCAUGAAGAGGACACACAUCCACCUGGCACCAGGCCUGCUAGGGGAGGAUGGCGUCAUCAGUGUGUGCUUCAUUUUCCCAUCAGGCAUGAGGAAAGACUGUGAUCUAGCUGUGUAUAUUGAUGUCCCCAAAGCUCUCGCUGACGGUAUUGAGUUCUUCUGGUCAGAAAAUGGCGUGUUGCUAACUGCAGGCAACGCAGAAGGAAAACUUCUCCCUAAAUACUUCAGCCGAGCCUUAAGACUGAGGCCUACAAGGAGUAUCCUGCCACUGCAGUAACAUCAGACGAUACUGUUCUCUCAUUGGUUGUGCUAGCAUCCCAUGGUUGGUUGAUGCUUAUCCUAGUUCCCUUGGUAACACUUGUUGUUUGGCAGGAGCAUCUAGCAAUACAGGAAUACAUUCAGAAAUCAUCUUACAUGGGACUAAAUUGAUAAACUUUUUUGUGUAAUUAUUGAAAGGAUCUGGAUGGCUUUAUGGAAGCAUACUUUAUUUUUAUAUGCCAAUUCAACCAUCUAAUGCUGGCAAAUGUCACAUUCUUUAUUUAUGAAUAUUGGUGCUUUGUUUUCUCUGUUAUAUUGUUAGAGCUAACUUAACUGUAGCUCACAUUAACUGCCAAGAUAAGAUAAGAUGUAACCAAGCACUACAUGUAACCAAGCACUAUAUAUAUAUAUAUGUAACCAAGCAAUAAAUAUAUACUGCAUGGUUACAGACACACUGACUGCUGGUAACAAGCAUUCAGGCCUUUAAAUGGAGGAACCACAUAUUGUAUGUGUGGUUAAUCAUGUGACCAAGUUGGGAAAAGCAGAGGAUGCAGACACUGUGGUUUUACUUAACGGACUGCUUAACAGUUCCUUGUAAGAUAUGGACACACACACCCACACACACAGCAUGUGAGGGGAGAUAAAUGGUUUGAAGCUUCCUGUGAAGGAAACAACAGAAAUUGCCACCAUAUGCCAUGAACAUAAGGAGUGAAAACAACAGAAUGAAAAUGGAAUUGUUAUAUUUAUUUGAAUAAAUGUUUGUUCUUCAUAUAA